AUGAAGAUCGUGCGCUUGUUUCAAGCAGUCGGGACAGCGGCCGCCGUCGCUGCGGCAGACACGAACCUGUCGCUCGCCGACAGCACGGAACAAGUGGGCACUGUCCAUGCGCUUCAGGAACGACUCGAAGGCAGCACUAUCACCAGCAGCACCACCACCAGCAGCAGCAGCAGCAGCAGCAUCAGCAACAAGUACCGCGCCCCGUUCUCGACCGACGCACCGUCCGACAUCUUCCAGCGCCGCGACACACUCUCCGACUUGGCGCCGAUCGCCAACGUGGCGGCCGAGUUGCUCACGCGACCGCUGCCGACCAACAAGUGGUGGGGGAACCUCAUCCACACGACGGCGCAGGACGCGGACACGGUGGCAACGCCGGCCUGGGCGAACCCGUACGCGCUCAAGCUGCCCAAGAAAGCCCCGUUCGGCCUCCAGGCGUGCUACCCGUACUCGUACCGCAGUAUGGCCAACGAGGUCAACGGCGUCGUCAAGUACUACCUGCACGCCUUCCACAACGACCUCACGCUGUCCGCGACGGAGUUCGCGUCGACCGAACCCGACUACGAGAUCUACGCGUUCAGUGACGAGGGCGUCCGUGUGCGCACUUGCGUCGCAUCGGGCGGCGAUAGCUGCAUGGACUCGGCGCUUGUCAACGGAAUGGCGUUCGUCUCGGCCACGUACGCCGGUCUCACGGCGGCAAUCCACUCGGAGUACGCCAUGACGCUCACGGACAGCUCCACGCCCGGCAAGUACGUCCUCCAGCUGCCCAACAAGCAGACGUGGGUGGUCUACUCGAGCGACACGAGCGCGUCCUUCUCGAUCGACAGCACGGGCUCGGCCUUCGCGGCCAGUGCGGCCUACACGGGUACGCUCCGCGUGGCGGUUCUUCCCGAGGGCGGCGACCACAGCGUCUACGACGACUACGUGUCCUGCGUCGUGCGUGGCGGCAGCUUCGUCAUGGAGUCGCGCACGGCGUACUCGUUCCAGUGGGAGACAGAGGGCACGGGCUGCGACCGCACGGGGCUGCUCCACUUUGCGCUGCCGCACCAGGUCGAAGUCAUGGCCGACGCCCGCACGUCCCAGUCGAGCGGCGCCAUUGUGCUGCACUCGACGACGCGCGGCCAGAUGGUCGGCCAAGUGACCACGUCGUCGAGCUGGACGUUGACCGAGGACGAAGCGGCCGACGAAGUGGACUUUUACCCGCGCCACAAGCCGUCACCGGACGUGGUCGCCCAGAUCGAUCUCCUGUUGACGCUGCAGCGCGACAUCGACAGCCACUGGAGCCUCCACACGGGCAGCUGGUACUUUGACGGCAAAGCGUAUCAAAAGUACGCGUCGCUCUGCUUGAUGGCCGCCGACAGCGCCGUCGUGGGCGAAGACACGGCGUUGCUGAGCACUUGUCUCGCCAAGCUCGAGAAACUGCUCGAGCCGUUCUUGGACAACAAACUCGGCUCGCCGCUUGUCUACGAGACGGCGUACAAGGGCAUCGUCACCAGUCAGGUCUUCACGGCCCGCGACGUCAACGUCGAGUUCGGCAACGGCAUCUACAACGACCACCACUACCAUUACGGCUACUGGGUCACGGCGUCGGCCAUCCUGAAGAAGCUGGACCCGUCCUGGUCGGGCAUGGCGCGACUCGAGACGAUGGUCUGGACGAUGCUGCGCGACGUGGCCAACCCGAGCGAAGACGACGCGUACUUCCCGACGUUCCGCCACUUUUCGUGGUUCCGCGGCCACUCGUACUCGCACGGCGUGACCCCCAUGGCCGACGGCAAAGACGAGGAGAGCACCUCGGAGGACGUCAACUUCAGCUACGGCAUGAUGCUCUGGGGCAAAGUGACGGCGAACAAGGCCGUGGAAGACUUGGGCAGUCUCAUGCUGCGCCUGAACGCGCGCGCCGUGCGCACGUACUUCCUCAUGACGUCGGACAAUACGAUCCACCCGCCGCAGUUCGUGCCCAACCACGUCACGGGCAUCUUCUUCGACAACAAGGCGGACUACGCGACGUGGUUCAGCGCCGAGAAGUACUGUAUCCACGGCAUCCAGAUGAUCCCCGUGUCGCCCAUCAACGGUCUCGUGCGGACGAAGGCGUUUGUCCAGGAGGAAUGGGACGACGUGCUGUCCAAGGAGGCCAUCGUCACGAGCGGCGACACGUCCAACGCCUGGCUGUCCCUCCUGCUCGUGAACGAGGCGGUCAUCGACCAAGCCGACGCACUAGCAAAGCUCGCAACUGUUGCGAUGGACGACGGGCUCUCUCGCUCGUGGGCUCUGUACAAUGCAGCCUCGCGCGGUGGACCGAGCGCGAGCGAUAGCACCAGCACAGUCGCCACCAUUGAGGCAUCUGGGUCCAGCUCGGCCGACGCGAUGGACGCGUCCGUGGCAGCCACCGCGACCCCGACCGUCGAUCAGGAAGAUGCUGAAGGUGCUAAGAUCGUCACGGCCGCCGCACCAACGCCCGCACCUGAGAUACCAUCAACGCCUGCGACUCCGACGGUGGAGACGAACGUUCCGGACGCCACGUCUCUGUCAACGCCUGCAACUCCGACCGUCUCGUCGUGCAAGCGGAGUGGCAAGCGGAAGACCGCACCUGCGACUGCCACUCCGUCCUCCUGA